AUGUAUAUAUUUAGGUAUGCAAAGUGUAAAGAUUUGUGCAAUAAUACCGAUCAAUACUGAUAAAAGAUAAAACAUAUCUCAAAUAAUCACUUAAUAGAGUCAUGUUUAUACAAGAAAUUUAACCAGUAAACCCCCAUAAAAAUGGCUGCUGUGAAACAGAGUCAGUGUUCUGUCAAAUGUAAUCUUUGUGAAGAAGAUGUUAAACUUAACUGGAAGUGUAUACAGUGUGAUUUUUUAAUAUGUGGAAAAUGCAAGAAAAUUCACAUGAACGUAAAAAGUAACGAAAAACAUACAAUAAUUGACAUCAAGGACAUAAGUCAGUUUACCGAUGUUCAUGAUGUUAGCAGAUUAGAUUUUAAAUCCAUUAUCUGUGAAGAACAUCCAGAUGAAGCCUGUUGUCUUUAUUGUGACUCAUGUGAUCAGACAGUCUGUCCUGUCUGUGUUGCAAAAACUCAUAAAUCUCAUAAUCUCUUAGAAAUCAAAGAAAAAUAUGAAGCUAAAACAGAUAAUCUGAACCAGGAGAAAAUGAAAGUACAGAGUGAAAAGGAAUACUGCAGUAAUGAGAAGGAAAAAUUACACUCUUUGAAAUCAGAUGAAAAGUCCAAGUAUACUUCUGCAAGACAAGAAAUCCUGACACAGGAAUUGUAUAUGAAAGAAGAAGUUGGAAAAUUUGCAAAAAAUCUCUUAGACGAAUUGGACAAAAGAUGGGCAAAAGUUGAGAGGGAAUUAGACAUAGAGACCAGGAAAAAAGACCAAACUAUAAAAAAUUUAGAUGACAGAUUGAAUGAGCUUAAUUCCAUUAUCAACAAUGUAAAAAUAUCACUGAAAAAGAAAACAAAAACUACUGAAAUGCAAAACACAGAAAAUGAAGUUAAUCUACCAUCUUCAUCUCAAGUCAUUACCUCUCUGCCAGAUUUUGUACCAGGAAGGAUAAAUAAGGACCACUUCGGCACCUUGAAAGAUAUUGAGGCUGAUGAAAAUAAACCCUCAGUUAAAAUUGAAGUAACAAUUACAAAAGAAUUUCAAACUAAACUUUCAAGAGUGUCUUAUUUAUGUUCAUCCCACAAUGAUUUUCUGUGGAUUGGGAUCAAUAUGCCUACUAGGGAAAAUAAAAGAUCAACUCUCUUUUCUAAGAAAACAAUAACAUUACAUAAAGUAAUGCCAGAAGAAAAUAAAUUAAAAACACUGUGUGAACUGGAUGUCCGCAUUAUAGACAUAGCAACAACCCCAUCAGAUACUGUUAUCUUAGUUACCGAUGAUGCAAAACUCAUAGAAAUUGACCAAUCAGAUAAGGUGAUAGAUUCUAAGUACAAUGACUUUUAUUAUGUUGAUUCAUACCUUCUAUUUAUCUAUAAACCAACUUGUAUCCAUUUCACAACAAGAAAUACAAUAGCAAUUGGAGGAAGAACAAGUUCAAAAGACAGAGGAGCUGUUAUUCUUAUGGAUAUAAAUGGAAAGGUUUUAGCAAAAUAUGAAACAGAUAAAAAAUCGGGACCAAUUUUCACUAACCCUUUGAGGAUAACCAGUACAAGCAAUGGUAAGAUUUGGGUUAUAGAUGCAGAAGAUGACAACUGUGGAUCCGUUGUUGUUUUAACACAAGAAAAUGUCGUCCAUGUGUAUAGGGGCAAUCUUGACAUGGAUACUUGCGAGAAACAAUUUAAUCCUCAAUACAUAACAACAACCCCUCUGGACAACAUCAUUAUUACAGACACUUACAACCAUAUGCUACAUGUGCUGAACAAAGAUAUACAACUACUCGCUCACUAUAGUACUAGAGACAUUGGAAUACUCUAUCCAACUUCUGUGGUAUUCACCAGUGCUGGCAAUGUCUAUAUUGGAAGUUCUUCUUCUCAACAGAAUGAAAAGGCAAAACUAUAUAAAGUUAACUUUGUUGAAUAUUGAAAGUCAUGAAGAUUAAAGAUUGUCUUUUUACUGUAAACCAUAUUUUAAAGUAUUAUCAUUUGUUUGUUUCCUUUUAUUAUGUUAGAAAUUUUAAUUCACAUAUAAUGAUAUGGCACAUAAUUUCAAAGAUUGGACACAAUUUGUACAACAUGUCAUUUUAGCUUUUCUCAUCACUUGGCGUCCGUCAUCCAUCGUCUGUCAUCUGUAGUCGCUGCUGUUCAGUUUUACAAACUCCUCUGAAACUACUAGGCUAAAUUUAACAAAACGUGUCCACAAUCAUCAUUGGGGUAUUAAGUUUUAAAAAAUGUAUCCAGUGAUCAACAAAGAUGGCCGCCAUGGCUAAAAAUAGAAGUUAAAAUAAAUGAAAUGUAGAUUUUGGCUUAUAUCUCUGAAACCAAAGCAUUUAGAGCAAAUCUUUAAAGAUGUAAAAUGGUUUAUCUG